GGCCUCCACGUCACAUGAGCAUCAGCACCUCGGACAGCAGCCUCUUUCAGUCGCUGCCUGCUGUGGAUAUAGCUCAUCUUCUCAGCAGCAGGAGGGAAGAUGGUUUUGAUAGAAAACUGCGGUUUGCAGAUAAAGAAGUUUGUGUUGUUGUUCUUUUUUCUUUUUCUUUUUAGCCUCCUGGAGAUCCUGGACGCUUCGCUGCAGCCUGCCAUGUGAAGAUGCAUUUUAUUGUCCCACUUGUCCAUUAAGGCCUCGAUUUAAUUUGAGAUUUGAUGAUGAUGUGCGGUUGUUUUUCACCACCCGGAAGGGACGCUUUGCAGCCUGCUGUCGGCUCAUUUUAUGUUUGCAGGAAUCCAUUCCUGACACCCUCUCGCUCUUUCUGAUUUGUGGCGCAGAGAUGGUUUGGAAAAGCCGAGAACUGUGAGUGCAAGUUGUCGUGAAAUUCUUUCCUUUUUAAAAAAAAACAAUAACAACAACAACAACAACAACAACAACAACUGUUAAACGCAUUUUCUUCUUCUUCUCAUCUCUAACAUGCAACUCUGCUGGAUUGUAACUUUGUAGCCGGGUUAUCGGACCUACUUAAAGGCGGCUGGAAGGUGAGGGACGCUCGAUCUACCAGCCAAAAAAUAAAAAUAAAAAUAGGCUACACCGAAGAGGAGGAAGAGGAGGGAACGGUGGUGAAAUGAUGGAUGCCACUGCCUGACAACAAAGGAUGCACGCGUGUCACCGCGUCUAAUUUCAUCUCCCCUGUAGGUAAAUGGAGAAACUCUAAUAUAAAUCGGCUUUGUUGUUAAUAGGAUUCAAUAUCAGCCCCCCUCAGAUAAACCAGCGCUGCUUUUCCGCUUGAAGAAGAAGAACAUUUUUUUGUCGCCUGCUGAUUUACAAUCACCAAGAGGAUCACUGGGGUACCAAUAAAACAACCGGGAUGAAGAUGCAGGCAUGGGAGGAUGCUGUUGGACCCCUCUGACUUUAAUGUUGGUGCCUCACAGUUUGUGGCUUUCAGCCUCCAUUGAAUCCCGAAAGAAAACGCCUCUAUCCAUGAGAAAUAAUGCUUCCCUAUUGGCUGGAUUGCGGUGCACAUGCUAUAACAACAGGAUAUGCAAAGAGCUAUGGGCUGAUCAAAUAGCCUAUCAUGUUCCACGCAUGCUUUUUUGACCGAGAUCUGUAUGUUAUUCAAUAGGAUGUGAACUGCCUGAAUCAGAUGCCAUAAUAAAACUAAUAAUAAUCAUAAUAAUUCAUCAUGGAGCAGCCACAGUGGAGCUGAAGGCUGUUUUGUCUCACAGAGCAGUUGUGCCUGUGUAGUAAAGCUGCUGAAGAAUGUUCAAGUAUCGGAUCCGGAUGUUUUUCAAUGAACUCAAAGUGUUGUUACUGAUGCGCUCUGGAUCAAGCAGAAGGACUGGCACGGGCACAGACCCGGACACGCAGACCAGGAUGCGAGGGCUCGCUAUAGGUGGCUGUGGCUGGCCGCCGUUGAACUGCUCUCAGCGGGACGAUGAGGAGGAAUAUUACGGCUCGGACUCCCGGCCACGCAGCCUGGCGUUGGAGGCUACAGGGGACGACAAACCCGAGGGAGGAGGCCUGGACGCCACUUCGCUCCCGAGUCUCUCAGAGAGCGGGAUGCGAUCACCGCAGUGCCGGAUCUGCUUCCAGGGGCCGGAGAAGGGGGAGUUGUUGAGCCCUUGUCGCUGUUCUGGCUCAGUGCGCUGUACUCACCAGUCCUGCCUUAUCCGCUGGAUCAGUGAGAGGGGCUCCUGGAGCUGUGAGAUCUGCUACUUCAAGUACCAGGUCCUAGCCAUCAGCACCAAAAACCCACUGCAGUGGCAGGCCAUCUCUCUGACUGUGAUCGAGAAGGUGCAGAUCGCAGCCAUUAUCCUGGGCUCUUUGUUUCUGAUCGCCAGCAUCUCGUGGCUGGUGUGGUCGUCUAUCAGCCCUUCAGCCAAGUGGCAGCGGCAGGACCUUCUGUUCCAGAUAUGCUACGGCAUGUACGGCUUCAUGGACAUUGUUUGUAUAGGCCUUAUAAUCCAUGAAGGAUCGUCUGUGUACCGGAUCUUUAAGCGCUGGCAGGCGGUGAACCAGCAGUGGAAAGUGCUAAAUUAUGAGAAAGCGAAGGACUUAGGUGACCCCGUCAGUUCCAGCAGUAAAGGUCGUGUCGAGAGGAACAUGGAUGGCAGGCGGAGGGCGAGCCGGCACGUCAGGACUAUUCUCAACCACCACUGUGGCUAUACUAUUUUGCACAUCCUCAGCCAGUUAAGACCCAACAGCCUGCGCAGAGCCAACCAUGAGGUGGUCAUGAGGGUGACCACAGUAUGAGGUUGGGUCAUACAGACACGGGUGCUCCCAUGUUUGAGGAGGACGCCAAAUUGUCGAUUCAAUAAAAAGAAUCACAAUCUACCACAGAAACACUGCCGUUUACUUCUAGUCUCACAUUUUGUUCGCAGAAUCUCUUUGAGCUCAAAGUGGACAGCGAGAAUAAAUUCUGAGAUUUGGGCAAAGGGAGAACGUUGCAGUUUUAACUGUGAAAACAAGACACAUACAGGUGCAUCUCAAUAAAUUAGAAUUGGAAAUGUUGGCCUCUGAAAAGUAUGUCCAUCUAUAUGCGCUCAAUAUUUGGUUGGGGCUAUUUGACUUGAACUACUGGAAAUUGACUUUUCAAUGAUAUUCUAAUUAAUUGACAUGCACCUGUAAGAAACAAUUUAUUCAUUUUGGAGAAAAAAAAGCUUUGAUUCUUAAAGCUAUUUUUACCACCAGUGUUACAAAAAUGUCAUUUAAAUGCGUGUUUGUUUGUUUUGCUUUCUAAAGACAAAAUAAUGAAGUCAUUAAGUUUGGAUUUCACUCUAUAAUAGAAAGUUUGAUGGUUAAAAUGAUUGUGCUCAUGUGACCACCAUAAUUACGACCUACUAAUUUAUUCAUUGUAUUCCCGAUCUGAUAGAAUUUUUCACUUGAAGCAGCUUCGAUAGAUCAGACAGUAAAAAGCUCAACAAAACUUUGAGACACGACUCAAUUGCUUAAAAGUACAAUUCAUGUUUUGUAAUAAAGACUUUGUUGAUCUCAAAGGAAAA